AUGAUAUCGCUGCGUCUAACCACCGAAGGGCUCUGGCUGGGCGUCCAGAUCUUGAUACCGGCAUAUCUGGUAUAUGUUCUGUCAGUUGUCGUAUAUAACCGAUAUUUCCACCCGCUACGCCAUUUCCCAGGUCCUUUUUGGGCUUCAAUUACUUCACUAUGGUUGUUCAAAACGUAUCGUCUUGGGAAAGCAAACGAUAUCCACCAUGGGCUCCAUGAAAAAUAUGGCGACUUUGUGCGUAUAGGUCCAAAAUACCUUGCUAGACCGUAUUCGGGACUAAAAAUGGUCCCGCUUGGCGGAAGGGGGGGCCUAUACGACGGAUUCAAUAUGCACAUUCCGAACGCUCGCACAGACAGCUUUUCCGAGCGGGAUGAGACAAAGGCUGCUGAAAGACGGCGGUUGGUCGGUGCCAUGUAUUCGCAGAGCAACGUCCUAAAAUACGAGCCUUGCAUCGACAGGCUGAUUGACUUGUUCCGUCAGCAAAUGAAGAAUCUUUCCGAAUCUGGCGAAUCCAUGGACAUGAGUGUCUGGCUGGAGCGUUACACCUUUGAUGUGAUGGGCGAGAUUUUUCACGGCCGUGAGGGGGGUUUUGGCAUGAUCCGUGAUGACAAGGACUAUAACCGCUGGUGCUAUCUCAUGAGUGUUAUGCCCGAUGUUGGCGCUUCCAUCACUUAUAUGCCAUGGGGCUUCCAAUCUCUAUAUAUGAUCUCUCAAUUAGCAUUCCAAAAUACCCGAGAUGGUAUCCUGGGUAUGCUAGAUACUGUUAAGCAGGCAAAAAACGCCGCCAGCCAACGAUGGACAGUUAUGCAAGAAGGAGGCCAUUACCCCAAAACCGAUAUGCUGUCUGGUCUUCUGGAAAUGGUGCGCGAGAAGGGUGAUAAGAUCAAGUGGAACUUUUCAGAUGUUGUGGUUGAGGUCUGGUCCGUGAUCUGGGCGGGCAGUGAUACGACUGCUACAGCUUUGACGGCCAUCUUUUACCACCUGCACAAAAAUCCCACCAAAUUGGCAAAACUACGACAAGAAAUCGAUACCGCAUUUCAACAAGGACGUUUAGAAGAUCCGGUGCGUUUCAGUGCCGCGCGGAAGCUCCCAUAUCUCCAUGCUGUCGUGAUGGAAAGUAUGAGAAUCCAUCCGUCGACAGGAGCUGGGUUCCCACGAGAGGUACCUUCAGGAGGCGUGCAGCUAUGUGGCACCUUUGUCCCUGGUGGUGUGGAAGUCCUUAUGACUGCAGCUGCUGUGCAGGUGGAUAAGCGGGCCUUUGGCGAAGAUGCCCAUGAAUGGAUCCCUGAGCGAUGGCUUCAAGAUGACGAUACUGUUCGGCAUAUGGAGAAAUCCAUGCUACAGUUCGGUCAUGGACCGCGGAUGUGCAUUGGUCGGAUUGUCAGCGAGACUGAGAUGUAUAAAUUACUCCCUACCAUUCUGCGAGAGUUCAACUUUGAGCUGUUAGUCGAUCGGUGGGAAGUGCACAAGGGGUGGUUCAAUCGAUCGACAAAUGUCACUUGUCAAGUUCAACCGAGGGCGGUUGCAUGA